AUGAGUCCCAAGUGUCAGAUAAUUAUAAACAGUACAAGAGAAGGACAUUUUAAAGCCGGACAAUGUGUGACAGGAACAGUGAAGUUUGCUAUAUAUAAGCCGAAGCGGUACGACAGUAUUGAUAUCUCAUUCAUGGGCGGUGGAAAGUGCAAUUGGUGCAAAACAGACGGGGAUGGUGAAAAAAUGUACAUCAGCAACGAGGAGGAGUAUGUCUCCAUCAACAAGAAUUUAUUUAAACCAGUUGGAGACCAGAUGGUGGAGCCUGGAGAUUAUGAAUACCCAUUUGAGUUUUUACUCCCAAACGAUAUACCAUCAUCAGUUAAGACUGACUUUUGUAACAUACGCUACGCAAUUUUCGUGAAAUUUGCAAGAAAGAGAACUUUUAAUUCUGGAGGUGAAUAUGAGCUUGAAGUGCCUGUUCAUGGAUAUGUGAUGCCAUGCAGUCCAGAGCCACUAAUCUUCGGAGUCGAGAAAAAAUUACUUUCCUUAAAUCCAAACAAUAAAAUCACAGUAAAAGGAGAGAUAGACAGAACAUGUUUAAAACCAGGCGAUAGCAUUCAUCUGAAGAUGACGGUGACGAAUGACUCAAAUGUCGCCAUUUCUAUCAAAAGUGAGUUCGUUUAUUAUAACAGCUAUAUAUCAAGCGGGAGGUCUUCCUCUUUAAACAUUGAAAAAGGGAGUAUACCAGGGACCGAAGAAACUUCUCCUACUAUAAGGGAAAAUAGUGUGUUAGAACUAGAGAGAACUAUACCAAUACUUGAUACGUUAUACUCAAUACAAAAUUCGAAGAUAAUGGUUGGAGAAUUUAAAGUUAAAGUGACAAUUCAAGUACCUUUUCCUCAUGUUAAUGCUGAUGUACAAGUUCCAGUGGUGAUUGGAUGGAGAAAAGAAGAACAUGAUAUGCCACCUUCAUAUUCAGAAGUUAUGGCAGAAAAUAAUUAG